AUGUCAACAAAUCUUCUCAGUGGAAUUCAAGUUGGAAUGAUUCGUAUUGGUUUACCAAUAUGUCUCACAAUUGGAAAUUUAUCAUCAAUUCUUGGUUUAUUUGUAUUUUUUCAAAAAUCAAUGAGAAAUAAUCCGUGUAUUAUUUAUUUAAUCUUUUAUUUGAUUACAAAUUUAAUUUAUAUUGAUUUUACAAUACUUUCCACGAUAUUUUCUGGUUAUGGAAUGGAUUUUUCCAUCAAAUCUCCGAUCGCUUGUUGUUUUCGAAUGUAUUUCAGUUAUGUGUUCACUGCAAUUCCAUCAUAUUUACUUAUAAUGGCAUCAUUAGAUCGAAUGUUUGUUUCUUCAUCGAAUGUUCACAUGCGUCAUCGAAGUAACAAACGUUUUGUUUUAUUCAUAAUUGUAUUUCUCAUUAUAUUUUGGUCUUUAUUUCAUCUUCAUGCAUUUUUCACUUCGGAAAUUCAAAUAAAUUAUGGAAAUCGAUUGACAUGUACAACUCGUUCAGGUAUUUCAACAAGUUUUGUGUCAUAUUAUGGAUUGAUCAAUGCCAUUAUUCCCAUCAUUUCUAUGAGUUUAUUUGGAAUUGAAACAUUGAGAAAUAUUUCCAAAGCUCACGCACAAAUUGGUCAACGAUCAUUAGAUAAACGUCUAAUUAUUCUUUUAAUUAUUCAAAUAAGUCUUUAUAUAUUUCUUCGUUUACCAAUGUCAACUUAUUUAAUUUAUUCUCAAACAACAAAAUAUAUGAUUAAAUCUUCAAAUCAAACUUUAAUUGAACAAUUUGUAUAUUUUAUCGUGAUCUUUUGUCAAUUUGUUCAAGUAAAUCUUUCGCCAUUGAUGAAUUUAAUCAGCAAAAGUUUCCGAUUGGAAUUGAAACGUACUUUUUAUAGAGUUAUCCAUCAAGAACAUCAAAUUCACAGAUCUUUGGUACAAACCAGAAAUGGGAAUACAAUUCAAAUUCAAGAAAUGAUGACACGUCAAAACAAUACACUUGACAAACAUCAAUUAGUUGUCAGAAACGCUUAA